GAAUGUGGGCGGCUCAUGUCAGAUGCCUUGAAGUCUGCGCGACAAGUUUCAGGCUUCACUUCCUGCUCGGUGCUGACAGGUGAUGACAGACAGGUAGGAUAGGUGUUGCACCGAGCACUAAGACAGCACACAGGUUUUCCCUCAGACGGAGCUUGACAGGCUGUGCCACUACUAAGGCUGAAAGAUUGACAGAUGAAUCUGUACAGGAGUUUUGGAUGUUUGCUGGAGACCUGGGUCACUGAGGGUUACCCGGUUGAAUCGUCAAGCUCAGGAGAGGGUUUGGAAAAAAAUGUUGACCCAAACGGCAGUGACUCAGCGUCUGCAGACUCUCUGAGACUCACAGGCGCUCCUGUCAGGUCUGAAUCCGAGGACUCUGGAGUAGAGUUGCCAUCUGUGGUCCGUUCUUUGACCUCCCAGCACCAUGUUCUGACCUCACAGGUGUCGCAGCUUGGAGAGGAUGAUUUACGACCUUUGUUUUCCUCACCAGCUCUUUCUCACUGCUCCUCAUCCUCAUGUUUCUCAGCAGUACUGAAGGGAAGUUUAAAGCCAUCUGAAGCAGCCGGGCUGAAGGUGGAGGAGGCGUUACGGAGAACAGAGCCAGAUUGGAGGAGAAGUGUGGAUGGUAGCCUUCGACGUCGGUGUAACACAUCGUCGAUAUCCAAUGGGUCUUUUACACCCUCUAUACGCUCCAGAGUUGGAAGUGUAGGGUCAGGAAGGCCUUGCAUACAACCAGGUGAUGAGCAGAGAUCGUCAGAAAGUCCCAGAGUAACACACACACCACAAGAACCUGCUGUCAGUACCAUAAAGCCAGAAGAGCAGGCUGCAUGCUCCAUUGGACCUGAGUGGGACCAUCUGCCUCCUGGGUUUCUCUACCUGGAGCAGAUGUGCCGGAUGCUGGAGGAGAUCGCUCGGCUGCAGAAGGAGAACCACAACCUGCAGCAGGUGAUAAAGAACAGCCGAAAUGAGACGGGAGAGAUGGAGAUGAAGGUUGUCUGCCCACAAAAAGCUGAUAUCACCUCCACAGAUGGUGAGAAGCUUGACUUCCCGGAUGCCAAGUAUGGACCACGACGUUCUUUGGAGGCUUUCCGUCGAAGGACUGUGUCUGAUACGUGGACUUUUAUCAGACAGCGAAGUAAAGUUAAAGACCGUCGAGCUGAGCACUUCCCAUCUACAGACGUGUUACUGGAAAAGCCUGAAAACCCACAGCUGGUAAGAGAAAAGCCGGUCGAAACGGAGCAGGGGAAGACGAGUAACAGCCUGAAACACAAAAUUAGCUCACUCCGAUGGAAUGAAAAGUCAAAACCAGCCAAGGGCAGCAGCUCACAAAAUGAGAAAAAAAGGACAUUCAGACAACUGUUCAAGAGCAGAAGACAGACCACGCGGUUCUGACCCUCUUCUCAGACGAGGACGUCACCAAAGAAGUAGCAAAUCAUGAAUGGAUAUUAUUUACACUUUACAUUAACUUGCCAAAUGUAUACAGAUAUUUAUACAGAUGGAGCACAACUGCGACAAUCUUGGUUGAAAUGGCAUUUCUAUCCAUUUUUCAUUUUCAUCAAGUUGGAUAUACACUACCGUUCAAAAGUUUGGGGUCACUUUGAAAUGUCCUUAUUUUUGAAAGAAAAGCACUGUUCUUUUCAAUGAAGAUCACUUUAAACUAAUCAGAAAUCCACUCUAUACAUUGCUAAUGUGGUAAAUGACUAUUCUAGCUGCAAAUGUCUGGUUUUUGGUGCAAUAUCUCCAUAGGUGUAUAGAGGCCCAUUUCCAGCAACUAUCACUCCAGUGUUCUAAUGGUACAAUGUGUUUGCUCAUUGCCUCAGAAGGCUAAUGGAUGAUUAGAAAACCCUUGUACAAUCAUGUUAGCACAGCUGAAAACAGUUGAGCUCUUUAGAGAAGCUAUAAAACUGACCUUCCUUUGAGCAGAUUGAGUUUCUGGAGCAUCACAUUUGUGGGGUCGAUUAAAUGCUCAAAAUGGCCAGAAAAAUGUCUUGACUAUAUUUUCUAUUCAUUUUACAACUUAUGGUGGUAAAUAAAAGUGUGACUUUUCAUGGAAAACACAAAAUUGUCUGGGUGACCCCAAACUUUUGAACGGUAGUGUAUGAUUUCAAAGUUUUGUUUUUUUUUGUAGCUAAGACAAAGUUGUUCUACAGAUAUCUGUCAGAAAACACAACUCAGUGUAAGGUAGAAACGAGAAACCAUCAUGAUGGUGGUUUCAAUGUAUACAGCUAAUGCUAACUUCACUGCAAUUUCAUCCAGGAUGAGAAAUGCAAUGGGUGUUAAAGCCGUGCUACAAAUCCAAAAGGUGUUUCAGCAUAGCAUUCGGAUUACAUCAUGGUUUUGGGUAAGGUUUAAAGCCUGGGUGGGGUUAGGCAUGACUUAGGCUCAUACUACACACUGUUUAAAGCCUGUUUAUUCCAGAACUGUGUUCAUAUAAACCUAAAUAACAAAGCCUUAUGUAAAUGUGUCAGUAUUUUUAAUAAGGGAUAUUAAUAAUGCAAGUUAGAUGCAUUAAGAGAAACAAAGCACCUUACAAUGCCCUAUGCAUUUACACUACACUGUUACCAAGGAGUAAGUCUUUGAUUUUGAUUUAAAAAAAAAAAAAAUUGCAAAUCUGGGACUUACUCCUUAACUUUUUUUUUGUUUUGUUAACUCAGGUAUCUCAAAGAAGCAGGCUGAAAUUUCUCAGGAUUUGAUGAAAUUCAGUAUAUAGCAGUGUGCAUAAUAGUAGGUCUUGUAUUAUAUUUUUAUAUUGUGGUGAUAUAUUUUAUAUUGUCUGCUGUUAAAUUAUUAAGAGAAGAAGACAGGCGUCUCUCGAUCUUUUUAUCAGUGCAGCUCUUUGUUUAGAUGUUUUCUCAGGUAUAUAUGCUAUAUCACAUGUCAAAGCUUCAUAUAUUCAGAUUUCUUUUCACAGUAUUUAUGUAAAAUAGCCUGUGUAUUUGCUUUGUCUUGUAAUUUGUGAAAUUUGUAACGGAUGUACAGUAUAAAGUUCUUGUGGUUAUAUAUACGGUGUUUAUAUGCUCUGUACUUGAGCUUCUGCAACACCUGAAUUUCCCCUCAUGGGGAUCAAUAAAGGAAUAUCUUAUCUUAUUACAUUACA